AUGGAGAUCGAUUGUGUAGACUUUGUGAAAAGUUUCCACGAUUGCCAAACACAUGCAAAUUUGAAUCAUGUGCCACCUAAUGAGCUAUACAGCAUGACCUCUUCAUGGCCUUUCUCAGUUUGGGGCAUAGAUGUGAUCGGAAGGAUAGCUCCUAAGACCUCGAAUGGACACAAACACAUCCUAGUGGCAACAGACUACUUCACUAAGCGGGUGGAGGCAACCACUUACUCCGUGUUAAAAUCAACGCAUGUGGCUCAAUUCAUAGAGAAUAACAUCAUUUGUCGAUAUGGGGUACCCCAAGAGAUUAUCUCUGAUAAUGGUUCUCACUUUAAGGGAGAGGUUAUAACAAAUAUGGAACUGUACAACAUUGAGAAUCACAAGUCUUCACUAUAUCAAUCACAGACCCAUGGGGCCGAAAAAGAAGCUAAUAAGAACAUUAAGAACAUCCUAGCUAAGAUGGUAGUGACAUACAAAGAUUGGGCUGAGAAGCUCCCAUUUGCCUUAUGGGGUUACAGAAUUUCUAUCUGUGCAUCAAUUGUGGUAACCCCCUACUCUUUGGUCUAUGGUAGUGAAGUAGUACUUCCCAUUGAGGUGGAGAUACAAUCUUUGAGAGUACUAGCAGAAACCAUGGUCCUAGAGGAAGAUUGGGUGAAACAAAGAUAUGAACAAUUGACUUUGAUAGAUGUGAAGAGAGUUAGGACACAAUACCAUGCACAAAGGUACCAAAAGAGGAUUGCUAAAGCAUUUAACAAAAAGGUGAGACCUAGAAACCUUAAGGAAGGGGACUUGAUUUUAAAAGUGCUUAAAGAUGAAGCUUUUAAUCGGAGAGGAUAUAUGAAGCCAAGAUGGAUCAUCAGAAGCGCCUCUUCCUUAGCUAGUGGCUCGGAGUCAACUAGGCUGAAUUUUGAAGGAAAUGUUGUUAGAACAAGUGUUUAG